AUGAAUGCUCAAGAAAAUGAUUUAAAAGUUGAAAAUAAAUAUAAUAAUAAUACAGAAAUUUUGUUUAUACCAUCUAUUCUUUAUGAAAAAACACAAGAGGAACUUAAAGAUAUUUUAAACGAUUCUUUACUUUUAGAUGCAAUAUUAAAUACAACACAUCCAGAGGUUUUACAGCAAAUGAAUAUACUUAAAGAAGCAUAUAAAACAAAUAUACGAUUUUCCGAAGAAUUAUUAAACCAAAAAUCAUCAUUUUUAAAUUUGCAAAAGAAUGUAGAAAAUACGCUUAAUGAACUUAAGAAAUAUGAAAAACGGUGGGAAGAUGUAAAAAAAGAAAUGGAAAUUUCAUUUAAAUUUCAUUCAAAACCAUAUUUACUUACUCGACUUGAUAAUGCAAUAAAAGAAACAGACGAUUUCUCAAAUUCUCUUCAGAAAUCAUUUUUGGAAGAUAAGGAAAAUAAUGAUGUUUUGGAAUUUAUAAAAAAAUAUAGACAAGCACGAAAACUUUAUUAUUUUCGCCUUGAGAAAAAAGAACACUGGGAAUCUGGAAAAAUAAUAGGGUUAUAA